AUGCUAUCGACCGCAAGAUGGCGUUUUAAUGCAGUGAUCGCGUUGCUAUUGCUGUUGGGUGUUAAUUUAAUCUUUUACCAAUACAACGAUGAGAUAAAGCAGCAAGUUCGAAUUUGGAGGUUAAACGUAACAAGCAAUGUCAGUACCAUAGAGCCACCAGGGACAGUACUUCAACCACCAGGACAUUUGGGAAGGCCAGUGCAGUGGAAUUCUUCUGACCAAGAGAUAGUAGCACUUGUGCAAGAGAGCAUAAAGCAGUAUGGCUUCAAUGAGUAUGCGUCGGCCCUCGUGUCUACGAGACGAUCCUUACCAGAUUUACGCCCUUCGGAAUGUGUCACCAGUCGGCAAAAGAACCUUACGCUCCCGAAGACAUCCGUAGUGAUCGUGUUCUACAACGAACCGUGGACCGUCCUGUUGCGAACGGUUCAUUCUGUGCUGAGCAACUCUCCUGCACAUCUGCUCGAUGAGGUACUGCUCGUUGACGAUUGUUCCAAUCUGCCAUUCUUGAACGCUCCACUCGAAGAGUAUUUCAGAACGUACGACAAGGUGCGCAUAGUGCGUGCUCCUGAACGGCUGGGUUUAAUAAGGGCAAGAAUGUUUGGGAGCAAGAACACAACCUCAGCGGUGCUUACAUUUCUGGAUGCACACGUAGAAUGUACGAAAGGAUGGUUGGAACCCUUACUGGAGCACAUUUGGGACAACGAACAAACAAUAUCCGUUCCGCUAAUCGACCGCAUCGACGACACCGACAUGCAUCUGGUCACUAACGUGUCUGCCGAUUUGUUUGGCGCCUUUGAGUGGGAUCUCAACUUUGGCUGGUGGCAUCGUUCGACAUUUCCGCAUCGGAGCACACAGCGGCCUAGCGAACCCUUCGAAGUUCCGGCAAUGGCGGGUGGGAUCUUCGCCAUUGCUAGACACUUUUUCCAGCGUCUCGGAUGGUACGAUGAGCAGUUCCGCCUGUACGGAAUGGAAAAUGCGGAGCUGUCCAUCAAAUGUUGGAUGUGCGGAGGAAGAAUACUAACCGUGCCAUGUUCGCAUGUGGCACACAUUCGCAAGAGUGCCCACCCGUACAUAGACGACGGGCAGCAGAAUGUAAUCUUCGUGAACUCCAUCCGCCUGGCAGAGGUUUGGAUGGACGAGUACAAGCAGGUCGUGUUUGAUGUGAACGGCAUUCCGGGCUAUGCUGAUGAUUUGUUUGGAUCCGUCACAGAUCGAAAGGCAUUCCGGGCGGGAGCCGGUUGUAAAGCAUUCCGCUACUAUCUGGAACGUGCCUACCCGGAAAUGCCUUCCCCAAGCGUAGUGGGGCAGUUUCGUGGCGAGGUACAUAAUGCCGCCCUCGGGAAUGGAACAUGUUUGACGGUGGGAUCAUCACCGGCACCCAUACUUUACAUGGCACCGUGCGAUAAGCGUAACCAAACCCAGUACUGGACGCAUAAUUUUUACCGAGAACUUAACAGUUACAAGCGUUGCAUUGACGCAGGUCCUGCUGGGACAAGCCCUACUCUAGCUGCCUGUCAUCGAAUGCGUGGGGCGCAAUCCUGGAGCUACGAUACGAACCGUCAGCAGCUUAAAAGCAUCGUGCGGGAAGUGUGCCUAACAGUUGACACCGAAAGACACAGCGGAGUUGUGAUGCUCGAACCAUGUGAUGAUCGUAAACAGAUGCAAAGGUGGUAUGUGACGUUGGUAGAGUACAAUUUCUGGAAACCGCCUCAAUAA